GCCGGUGAGGUGCGGGCUCGGGCUCGGGCCCGGAAAGGUAAAGAGGGGGCGGGGAGGGCGGGCGCUGAGGCGGCGCGGCACGCCGCUGGGCCUGCCCCCAGCCGGGCAGGGAGCGGCGGGGCCGAGGUGCGCGGUGGCCCGGCGGGGCCGGGGCGGUGCGCGAGUUGGAGGGAGAAGGGCGAGGCGAGGAGAAGCGGAGCCGGCCUCGGAGCCGCUUCCCGCCCCCCCCCCCCCGCCCCAGCCUCGCCUGCGCGGCGGGGUCGGUUUUGUUUUGUGCGCGUUUGGGCUCCGGCCGCUCCCCGGCGCGGACAUGUUGCGUGCGGGCGCGGCGUGUGCCUGUCCGCGAAAGCAGCCGCUCACCCUUCGGCGUCCGGACGUCCUCGGGAACCGAAGCCGCUUCCGAAAGGCAGAGCCGGGGGCGAGCGGGUCGGUGCCUCCGGCUCAGCGCUGGUAACAAAAGGGCGCCGGAGCCGGACGGUGGGUUUCGCGUGGAACGGGAGGGCUGUGACACGGGCCGUGACGCGGCCGCGGUCCGGGGUCCGUCGGAGCGAGCGGCGGCCCCGGGCUGAGGCGGCCCCGGGACGGCCGGGAAACUCUCUGCUGGCCUCCCCGCCGCCGGGGCAAAGAGUAUUUAAAGUUAUUCCGUGCCUCACGUACGUAAUUGGCCUCCAAUUAAGGGUAAAGUGAUAAUUAAUUUCGCGUUUCCCGGCUUGGUGGCUGGAUUAUUUUUUAAUGAAAGUAAAACUAGCGUGGCGUGUGCGUGUGUGUGUUUGGGGUGUUUCUUCAUUUCCUUUCCUUCCCCCCCCCCCUUUUUUUUUUUGGCUUACGGUAGCGUUGCGGUGUGGAAGUGGAGUUUGUAAUUUAGAGACGUGAGCGUGCCUGGUCUUCAUAUCUACGCUAUAGUAGUUUUCUGUUAGUCCUUAGUUCUACCUAGGUGUUUUUCUGCGUGCGUGUUAUCCUUCUACGAUCGCCGCCGAAAAUGUUUGUUUUGUAAUGAGAUAUACACGUAAUCGCUACUCCCUGGUUAAAUGCAGUUUUGUGAAUGGGAUCUUGCAUAAAACCUUCUUGAGCUGUGAUUUAUUGUAUGCAAAGCGGAGACCAAAUAUAAAUAUUUAGAUCCAAGUCAUAACUGAUGUGUUUUGUGAUGAGACUGCUGAAAACAAUCUAAACAACGCUGAUGCAAAACUCCAAAUACUGGGAAAAGUCUAUUGUGAGAUCCACGUAGGGAAAUAACACUCAAGACAAGUGACAGCGUAAAUUUAUGUUCAGCAGCGGUAUAGGAACGGAAUCUGUAUGUAAAUGGAACAAUGGGAGAGGAAAAAAUAGCAGCGUUCAUAGUUUUUGUGCUUCUUUGUCAAAGAGACGUUAUGUCCAAAUUAAGACUUAUAUUGACGUAUUUUGAGGAAGUGGUGGAUCUGAUUUAUUCUUACUAGCGUUGAUAUUUGCUGUUGUAUAGUGCUUGAUAUCUGGUAAUGUAUCACUCAGUUGUCAAAAAUAAACUAAAAAAUACGUGAGGCUUACCUCCUUGGUCAACAAUGCUCAAGCUUUUUUUGUGACAAUAUUCUUCUGUUUGCCUUUCACUGCAGUCUUGAUUCUGGUUUUUGUCCCGCAAAUAUGUUUUAAAUACAUUGUUGAAAAACUUUCACUUUCAAUUGGAAAAAGGAGAUGCCACUGGUAUCUGCAAUUUGAAGACUGGAUCUUAUCUGAAAAUUAUUGAGCCCAACAACUGUCGCGUUAGCCUUCCAAAUGGACAAGGAUGUCUUCAUUUCUCAGUAAAAUGAGAGGGAUUUUUCUACUUUUGUGUAUUAUCUUCUCAGAAAUGGAAAAUGUGUACAGACUGGAUUUUAAAUUGAAAAUUUAAAGGGAAAAAGAUCUAAUUAAAGGCUUUGCACGUAAUUUGUCUUUUGUGGACUAGAAGUUCUCUAAUUUACUGUGCUUUGUUUAAUCUACCUUAAGUUUUAUCAGUAGCAAUCAAGUUGUGCCAUAAAUCUGAAACUGCUUUAUGCUUUGUUCUCCCAGUUAUUUCAGUGUAACAAAGCAGCCUAUGCUUUUAAAGCCUCAGUAAAGUUUAUAGUUUCCCUAAACUUAAAAAUGCCCUAUGUGCCUAUAGUAAGAUAGUAGCAAAAAUUUAUGUAUAGAAAUUGACAAUUGAUCAUGUAAUUACUCAGCAGCUUACUACGCACACACAAUUACACAUAAUUAAAGAGGUAUCAUCUUGCAACCUAAUCAGCAUUUUAAAAAGGACUUAAUAUUAGUUGUUGCCUUUGUCCUUGGGGGCUAAGGGUUUGUUUUGCUUUCUUUUACAUUCAGCAUUUCCUUUUUAUAGCUUAAAUUCCCCUGUUGUUUUGCCAGGGAAAAAUCUACAACUUUACCUAAGUAGAACUGAAAAAGAUGCUUUUUGGUUCAACUCUCUGAUUGAUACUAAGAGUUGUAAGUGUGAUAGGUGCAAAAUACCACAAGUACUGCUGCCAAAAUUGUAUCCAAACAAAUAUUUCUUGGAGGGGCAGAUGAAACCCAGGCAUAAAUAAUCUUACAGGUGUUGCUCUCCUUUCCCAAGAUUUCUCAGAGCUAUAUCCCAUUCUCUGUGUCUCAGAGUUCCCAGGAGUGUGUGGUUCCUAGGAGUGAAAAGACGGGCCAAACGGCUCCUCCUGGAUCUCAACAGGCCAGCACUUGAAGAUAUGAACAAUGACCAUAGUUAACAAGCCAAAAUCUUCAAAAUCUAAAAAGUCAUCUUCAAGGCGGUCUGACAAAUCUAAGAAACCCCGUACUAAAAAAAUGACGUCACGCACUGCAAAUCUGGGCCGGGUGCCACCUGCAGAAGAUCCAAACAAAGUCUCUGUGGACAAAGGACCUGGAGGUGCUAUUUAUUGUAGAUCAUCUCAAAAAUCAAAGCCUUUUGCCCAAAGAGAUCUAGUUGUUAAUGACGGAAUUGCCCCACCACAAAGGAUUCUUUUUCCACCUGAGAAAAUUUGCAUGGAUUGGCAACAAACACAAAGUGUUGGAGUUGGACUGCAGAAUCUCGGCAACACAUGCUUCCUUAAUUCUACUCUACAAUGUUUGACCUACACGCCUCCUCUCGCCAAUUACAUGCUUUCUCUUGAACACACCCAGUCAUGUCAUGAAGAAGGUUUCUGUAUGAUGUGCACUAUGGAAACUCACAUUAACCAGGUCCUGUGUUGCUCUAAUAAUGCCAUCAAACCUACAUCUGUUAUCAAUGGCCUUAAAAGAAUAGGAAAACAUUUCCAUUUUGGCAGUCAAGAGGACGCACAUGAAUUCUUAUGCUUCACUGUUGAUGCUUUGCAGAAAGCUUGCUUGAAUGGAAGCACCAAAUUGGACAGAUCUUCUCAAGCCACCACACUUAUUUAUCAAAUAUUUGGAGGAUAUCUAAGAUCCCGAGUAAAGUGCUUGAACUGCAAAGCAGUUUCGGAUACGUAUGAGCCAUUCCUCGAUAUUACUUUGGAUAUAAAGGCAGUUACAUCUGUCACCAGAGCUCUAGAACAAUUUGUGAAACCGGAACAACUGGACGGUGAAAAUAGCUAUAAGUGUAGCAAGUGUAAAAAGAUGGUUCCUGCAUCAAAGAGGUAUACAAUACAUCGUUCUUCCAAUGUUCUCACAAUAUCACUGAAGAGAUUUGCAAAUUUUACAGGUGGAAAGAUCAACAAGGAUGUAAAAUAUCCUGAAUAUUUGGAUCUUCGAGCAUAUAUGUCCCAAUCAAUUGGAGAACCACUCAUCUAUGCUUUAUAUGCAGUUCUUGUACAUAGUGGUUUCAACUGUAACGCGGGACACUAUCUCUGCUUCAUAAAGGCCGGUAAUGGACUUUGGUAUCGAAUGAAUGAUGCCUCAGUAGACCUUUCUGAUAUCAAAACAGUUCUCAAUCAGCAGGCUUAUGUACUUUUUUAUAUCAGGCGCUAUGAUUUGACACUUGGAGAACGUGCUUUUUACUUGCCAGCACCGUCUUAUCCCCGUUCAUUCCUUGGUCAGCGGGGGGCUAAUAAUAAGCAGGCUGGAUUUAUGGGACCACGACUUCCUCCUCAUAUGAUUAAGAAUUCAAGUCGUUUAAAUGGAAAUGGACCCCUAAAAGAGGAUCCAAAUACUGUUGGCGUCACCCUAAAAAGGCCAUCUUCAGCUCCGCCAACAGCUUGUGUUCAAAACUGGGCAAUUACCAGGCCUUCAAAUACGGAUUCAUCAAAAAACCAGAAGAUCACUAUCAGUAUUCAUAACAAAUUGCCUGCACGUCAGACUGUGUCACAACCUGACUGUCUUAGCAGUGCUGCGGAGGAUGAGGAUCUAAGCAAGCCUGUUCCUUCAUCCACAAUUACAAAUUCUUCUGCAGCAGAGUCUACCUCAAAUGCAUCUACAAUGUCAGUUGCUACUAACGUUUCCAAACAGGAGGUUCCUGAUGAAAUUUUUGUUGAGCCAGCAGUGAAUGGAAAUCCUAAACUCGGCUCUGAUAACAUGGUCCCUUAUGGUGCAGAAUCUUCAGGAAAAUCUGAGGAGUCGAAGGGCUUGUUUAAAAGGAAUUGCAACAUAAUAUCUUCUAAUGGAAUUUUGAUUGGAAAGGUGGUCCGUACAUUGCAGAAUUCCCAUUCUUCCUGUCAGAAUGCUGAAGAAGAAAGAUCCCAGCAUGAGCUGCCAAAAAAUGAUUCACUAAAUGGUGCUAUUAGUUUAGAUAAUGAAUCUAAAGAAAAUGGACUGAAACUUGAUGAUUCCACUUGCCAAGUCCAACCUGUUAAACCUUCUGAGAUUUUCUUUUCUAAAACAAAUGGAUUGCUUGAAACAAUGCCUAUAGCUUUGUCGCCGGUUCCUCAAGACAUAAUCUUAGAAUCUCUCACAUACAGCCAGUUGAACAGCUUGGCAGAGGAAAUAAGUGUCCCUGGACCUCAGAAUUCUUCUGAGAAUGAUGCUUUUAUGGAAACUGUAGUGAUGGAAGCACUGUUUGCCUAUGAAGAAUCCAGGAAGGUUCCUUCCAACUUUAGCUGUGAGGUUGAGAAUCUUUUUACUCAGUCAGAUUCUGAAACCAUUUCUACCAAAGAAGAAGUUGCUGAAAGUAUUAUAGCAAAAGCUGAUAAUGUGCAUCCCAAUAUUAAUGGUCAGCACAAGGUCAGGAAAAAAUCCUUCGACGCUGAAGAUGAAUUCCUUGGGCAGUGUGAGUCUGAAGACAGUAGAGACAAAGACAAACUAAGAAGAUCAAAAGAACCUGAACUGAUUUCAAAAGAAAAUUCUUUGUACAUCAAAGGGUCUCCUGAGAGCGAAGAGAAAUUAGGGCAAACUUCCUCUAUAAAGUCUGACAUUGAAUGUAGCUCUAAAAAACUUGCAUCUCUAGAUAUUACAGAUAAAUGCCAAGAUACAAAGGACAUUUCUAAUAACUAUGUAGAGGUACCACCUGUUAAUGACUCUUCUAUUACAAAGCUGGAUAAAGUUUUGGAGAGCCAAUUUUCUAGAGAAAAUGAGGGACUGGGUAACAAAAAAUGUGAAGAAGAUAAACAUAGGAAAAAAUAUAAGAAAAAAAUAUAUGACUCUAAAAAAACUGACAAAGAGCACUACCGAAAGAAAAGAGAAAACUCAGACACUGAAGAGAAGGAGAAGCAAACCAGAAGCAAAACAGAUGACCAUUCCCACAAGAGGAGGAGCUCACGCAGUGUGGAAACAAAUAAGCAAAAUCGUCAUAAGCAGGACUAUUGCAAUGAAAGCAAGUACAGAUCUUCCCAUAAUGAAAGAAACAGUCCAAAUAAUGGCAAAAGCUCAGGAAAAUAUUCUCGUUAUAGAUCCCGAAGCAGAGAAAGAACAGAACAAGACAGGAAUAGGUAUUAUCAUUCCAAAGGAGAGAGAACUUGGAGCAGAGAAAGAUACUAUCAAGAUGAACCACGGAGAUGGGAAAAAUGCAGAUACUACAAUGAUUAUUAUUCCUCUCAUGGAACAAGAGAUGGUAGAGAGAGAAAGUCCUCUCAUUGUGAUAAAGACUUUGACAAAUCAAGUCAAACUUACAACAGGUCACAUAAGGAUUAUCAUUUCAAAAGCAGAUGGCCUCACUCUAGAGAGGAAGAUGUACAUCACUUUAGCAGCCACAGAGCAAAUUUACAUCAUUGUUCAGUACCUCAGCAGCAAUCCGAAAAAUAUUCUCGGGAAAGGCAUGCAUUUCCACGUAUGUCAGUUCAUGCAAAUUCUGAGGACUCUUCCCGGGAAAAUGAAAAAGAAAAACUAAGAAAUGGCAAAAGAAAACAUAGCCACACAGAAGGAAGCGGAAGCGAAAUAGAAAAGAAAUGUCGAAAAACAGGUGACCAAAGAAUGAAAAAAUAUAAGAAGGUCAAGAAGAAAAAGAAGUCCAAAGAUAAACAUCGAGAGAAGGAUCACAAACUUUAUGAUUUGGAUUUCUCUGCACUCCGCUUUGAUAAUGACAAUCGCAAACAUAAGAAAAAGAAGAAAAAGAAGAAACACAUUAAGAAACUAAAAAGCUUCUUGGAAUAUUUAGAGCCUCAUUUGCAGAAGAAAACUCGGGAGAAGAAGGAAGAAUCCUCUCCUCCAGGUGACUAUUUAUGUGAGCAAUACAGAAAGCAAGGCAGUAAACAGCCCUACAAGGAAGGGAAGCCUGGUGCAGGUGAAAGCAAGAAAUACAGCUCCAUCACAUCCAAUGAGUAUGUUAAAGAUGCGGAACUUACUGACGGAAACCUUCAAUACCCAAACUAAACCUACCAUCAGACCCGACAACUUUUUACCAUCAGACCCGACAACUUUUUACCAUCAGACCCGACAACUUUUUACCAUCAGACCCGACAACUUUUUACCAGACCCGACAUUACCAAUAUUGACCAUCAAAACUUAAAAUUUAUUAUCAAACCGAUUACCAUCAAGACAAAAUCCAGUCAUAAGUGGUGCUUAACAUUUCUGUACAGAAUUUUACCAUGAAAGAACUUUUUUUUAGUUUUUAACUUGAGACUUUCUUUUUUAAAAUAUACUUCUAAUCCAAAAGGGUGGAAACUUUUUACAACUGCUGAACAUUGUAAAUUACCACAUAAAUAUCUCACUGAUGUGAGAUAAUGCCCUGGAAUAGACCAUCUCAAAUGCUGCUUAAUUACAGACUCAGGUUGACUUUAUGUUAUUCAUGUAAUGUUACUCCAAGUUAGACAUCUGGUGCAAGAGCGACCAGGAAUUAUAAAAAUUGCAACUGACAGUCUGUAUAUUUAAUUUAAAGACUUAUUUAAAAUUUCACAAGCUCUCAAAUAACUAGAAUUUUGCAAGAGCUUCAUCUUUUUUCUGUGAUGUCUGACACUAGAAACUAAUUUACUUCACAUUUGAGUUAUAUUCAAGAUCUGAAGAAAAUCUUCUGGUUUUCAACAUUGUGAAACAACGAAUAUGCAGUUCUGAAUGUAUCUCUCAAGACUAUUUGUAUACUCUUCCAUAUGUUUUUAUUACAUUUUCUUAAUAUACUGUCACUUGUCUUAAGUCUCAGUUGUCUGUUUUGUCUCUCUAAAGUGUCUAGUUACAGACAAAUUCAUACUGUGAUUUUUAUUUUUAUUAUUAAAUGCUAUCAAACUGUGAUGCACUUAUUAUUCACUGGUCCUGCAUCAGGAGAUGAGUGGGGAACCUGUAUUAAAUACAGUUCAUCUGAAUAAUCUGUCUGGUUUAUACAAGCUGUGUUGUUCAGAGAUGUCUAAAGUUUGAUCUUUGUUUUUUUAAAGAUAAAAAGCACUUGCCCCACUGUAAAUAUAUAGCAUGUAAAAUUUAUAUAGUAUAUAAAUACAGCAAAGUUAAAAUGGAUUUUUACUUGAGUUUUACUUGAGUUAUUUAACAUGCAAUAUGUCAUGUGAAUUGACAGCUUUCAGAGUGUGUUUGAUACUCAAGAAAUCAGAUCUUCCUUUCAGUGGUAGGUGAGAAGAUGCUGUCGCUGUGACCCAGAGAAGAUAAGUAACUUGGAACUUCAGCUGCCUAGACAAGAAUGCAGAAGGCUUUCUCCUUUGAAGUUAAAAGCUUCCAAAACCAGGCAACAGGGUGGAAGCUCAGCAGUAGCUUUUUACUGUGUGUGACACAAAAAAAAAAAAAAAAAAAAAAAAAGGAGCAAGGUUAAUGUUUUACUAAAUACUUAAAAGUAAUAUUUUGGUACAUGGAGAACACCAUAAAGCCAAACCACAAGUGUACCCUGCAUAAUGUUCCUAUGGCAACAGUUAUGUGAAGUUACAUAAAGUAACAUGACAAAGAAACCACA